AUGUCUUAUCGACGGCCUGGCAAUUCGAGGCGACAACAAUCUGUCGACUUCCCACGCUACCCUCCCAUGUCCUCCACGACACAGACACAAGCACAACAUCCCCAAGACGCUACUCCUCCUACGUCUAUACCAAUGCCUCUUGCCCAGCCACCUAUACAAGCCUCAGAUUACGAGUCGGAUUACCAAGGGUAUCAGUCAGACUACCCUCUAAAGCCUCCUCCCCCAGACCGCACCAACGAAGAACUCAACUUGUCAGUGCUCAGACGCAUCAAUCCUGCCAUAUCCUCCAUCCUUUCAAUUGCGCCUUAUGCCGUCGUCUACGAAUUUUCCCCUGCACCGCAACCGGAAUGGACCAAGACAGGUGUAGAGGGAUCCUUGUUCAUAUGUGAGCUUACCCCGGGACGGUACGGAGAGGAUCGAUAUUGCGCCAUAGUCCUCAACAGAAGAGGGCUAGAUAAUUUCGAGGCGGAGUUGAGAGAAGGAGAAAACGCCGGUGUCGAAGUAACAGGAGAAUAUGUCAUCAUCAGCUUCAAGGAGGGCCACGAGCAAAAGAUCUAUGGUGUCUACAUCUUUCAUGACGCGCCCGGGUCAUCCACCGAACACGCGCAGAAACUAAACGGCGACCUGAUGAAGUCGCUCGCCGAUCACGCAGGAGCGAGUAGACAAGCAGCUGAAGCUGCCGCAUCUGCUGCCGUUGCACAACACACCAAUGGGCAUAUGCAACAAGCUGAAGAAAUUUUACAACAUCAUCAAGCCAAUGCAGCCCUACCUGGGCAGCAGAUCAGUCUUCAACAGCUAUUUGGCCAGCAACGGGCAGCUGAUGCCAGCUGGAGUGUGAGAACACACAACCUGGAUGGAGCCCAACCUCAUAGCGCGACAGGUAUGGCACCUCAAGAAGCAGCACCUCAGAGGCCCGACGUUCUAGGAGACCUCUUUAGAAGAGCGGGUAUUUCUUAA